ACUCAGAACUCAAUGAGGGACUUCUAGAUGCUGCUACUCACUGCACUACAACCCUUCCAAAGUUCAAACGAAUACAUUUUGAAUACAAAUAAACAAAUGUUCUUAAUUUUAACCAAUCUCUGUUGUUGUAUUUUGCCUCCUAGCUCAGAAUCCAUCGCCACUUCUCAUGGCUCCUUUGCAAAAUGAGAGUUGUAACGAGUCCACCAUGGAACAGUUGGAGGCAGCAAUGCAACAACUUGUGCUCCUUGCUGAGCUUCUACUCCUUCUACGGCCAGAUGAAGAUACCUGUGUUAAAAUCCGUAACUGUGUUGACACGGCCCUUAGCUAUUUUUCAGAGGCUGAAGAGAAAGUAGCAUCUCAAUUGCUGCUGGUUGAUUCUCAAUCUGAGGCCCUGAUAACAGUGAAGAAACUCAUGCAAGAUGAUCUGAAGGAGAAGCAGAAGAAGUUGGUGGAUUUGAAAGCUCAGAUCUUUGCUCUUCAAGAAGCAGAGAAGAAAUCAGUGGAAAUGUUGCAAACUGCUGAGCUGCACCUGAAAAACACAAAGGAGAGGCUCAAAUUAGCCCAUGAGGAAAUGGAGAAAAACCGUGCAGGACGAGAUAUUGGUAUGCACUUGAUGAUCCUUCCAGGACUUGGGACAUUCAUAGGUGCUAGUGUGUUAAUUGGUUAUCAAAUAGCCCUGGAGUCAGCUGAAAAUCUAGUCGCAGAAGCUCAACGAGCAGUAGAAGAAUAUACAGCAGAAGUGGCUGGUUACCACGAUAAGUUCAUACACUUCUCCCAAAAGGAACAGGAAUUACAAGAUGGGAUAAAUGCCAUGAAUCAGAAGAUCAUCCAGACACAAGUUCAAUCCGAUGAGCUGCUUGCUUUCCAAGGGGAUGUUCUAAUAAAGCAAUCCUGGAUCAGAAAAUGCCUUGCGCUGCUGGACGUACUGGCAGGCAAGGUUCAUGUAGCCGCAGUCAUAUCUCGCCAUGCUUGUUUCCCUGAGCUGCUGGUGGACAUCUUAGGGGACAUUGCACAAGUGAUGGAUGAGAAGGGUGGGGAAGCGUUCCUUGAAAAUCAGAAAAUCCAGGAUUUAGUUCUGGAAAUAAAGAAAGCAGUGAAGACUCUGAAAAGCAGAGUAGGAAAGAGCAUGUUGCAAGAUUAUUAAUGUUUCCAUGGCCUCCUCCAUGUUUCAUUAACAUGUCUGUGUACUGGUAGUCCUCGAUUUAUGAUCAGUUGCUUAACAGCCAAAGUCAUGACCAAUCCCCCCAACAGCUAGUUACGACCCAGAUUCGAAGUUCUGAUGGCUGCCCCUCCCCUCAGUCAAAUGAUUCCAUUUUAAGCGCUCAGCAGUCCACCCACAUUUAUGGCCAUUUGCAACAUCCUGCGAUCACAUGAACAUGUUUUAUAGCAAUUUUACCAGAAACCGGCAUUUACUUCUGAUUUUCAGCAAAAUUGGCCCAUAGUAAACCACUGGGCAGGUUCCAUUAUAGCAAUAGCAGUAGCACUUAGACUUAUAUACCGCCUCACAGUGAUUUACAGUCCUCUCUAAGCAGUUUACAGAGUCAGCAUAUUGCCCCCAACAAUCUGGGUCCACAUUUUAUCAAACCUGGAAGGAUGGAAGGCUGAGUCAACCUUGAGUCCCGUCAGGAUCAAACUGCUGUCAGUCGGCAGAAUUAACCUUCAAUACUGCAUUCUAACUGUGCCACCACGGCUCUGAUUGGACAUAACUCAAGGACUGUGUUCAUUCUAUUUACCAGUUCCUUAUAGGGUGCCAACAUGGAAUUAAACACUGAAAUGACGUACUAAUUUUGUAUGCAUUCUGCUGGUGCAGCUUUUCCCACCUUUUUGCUUUCUUGCCAUGUUGAAAUACAACUUCCAGAUAGGUUAUCCAGGUCCUAUUGCAGUUCAGAAUGUAUUUUUCUAGCAGAUGCUUCUAAGAUGAGAGUUUUAUUAUACAAGUGUCCUGCCUCUUUGUCAAGAAGGUAGAUGCUGCAGUCCUCAAUUUGGAAAGCUCUUGUGUUUUCUAGCCACUUAUGCCUUUUUUUCUUCCAAGAAAAGACUUCUUUUCAGGCAAGAAACGUAGAAUGAGUGCAGAGUGUUUUUGUAGUCAUAACCCAAAGAGCCAUCCAUGUUCUAAUUCACUUUCCCCAGCCUUCUCCUUUCUGAAUGAGCACUUUUAGAAACGCAAGUCCAACACUUCUGGACUUCCAGAUGGGGAAGCCCAUUCUAAUAAAAAAUAUUAUAGUGUGUACUUUUGAUAACCCAAAUGUGACUGAAUGCUUGCGUUUACUUGUUUAUUUGCAUUCCUCUGGACACUGAAAAGCGGUCUUCGUGUAUUUGUUGAAGCCUGUUUGUACAACAAUAAAUGUAUUGGUUUUGAAG